CAAAAUGAACAAACUUAUACUGGCGUUCGUAGUGACGACAAUUGCCAUCGGCACCGGUCAGGCAUUUGUCCCCGUUUUGAACCGCUUCCGUCGGAGCCCUUCGGCUCGUUGCUGCAACGAUGGAUUCGAGGAUUCCAUGAACCACGAAAAAGUGGUCGCCGUGAGACGGACCUGCGCCGAGGAGUUAGGAUUGAAUGAGAUGUCUGAAGACGAGCUCCUGAAGAGCCGGGAAAAUCUAGUGUGUCUCGUUGAGUGCAUUGCCAAAAAGCACGAACUUGCCGACGAGACCGGUGAUCUACGGCACGAAGACCUCGCCAAGGCAUUGAAGGAGCACUUUAGUGUCGCAGAGUGGAAGGUUCCUCUGGUGGAUGAUUUCAUCAAGCAGUGCUUUGAUCAUGCCGAAGAAGAGCACGAAAAACAUGCCCCCGAGGAGGGGAAAUGCAAUCCGGAAGGGUUCCACUUUUCCUACUGUCUGUGGAGACACUUUACGCUGGCCUGCCCGGAGGAAAUGCAAGACGAUUCGGAACGGUGCGAAUCGAUUCGCGGUAAGCUGAAAAGCGACGAGAAGAUUAGCUUUUGGAAUAACGAUAUCGACGAGACCAAGUGAAAGCGAGAGCUUUUUGGCGCUUGAAGCUAUACCGGGAGCUUUCUAGUACCUGACGAUGGCGAUGUAACGGACCGUAACGCUGUGUAUAACUAUAUGCUUGUAUUAUAAAAUGUGAUUGAUUGCUGCA